AUGGGAAGCGGCUUUAGUGAUAUGAUUGGUAUCGAAGCAGCUGGAACAGAAUUAGCUGAUGCUCUGAAAGUAGCUGAAGCUAAUGCUACUGGUGAGUUACGCAAUGUAAUGUUAACGGGUAUUAAUUAUGUCAAAUCAUUCACGCCCAAUCAGUUCGUGUUAAAGAAAAAAAUGUCAAAUCUUCCGGAUAAUUAUCAACCGCCAGAUCCACAUUCACUACCAACUGGUCCAUUGGAUACAACGACAUCAUCAUAUGGUUUUUCACAUACAAUGAUUCGUAUAAAAGAUCCUCAUGUUUCACUGGAUUUUUAUACACGUAUACUUGGUAUGACUCUUGUUCGUGUUAUGUCAAUGCCUGCUGGUAAAUUUACGAAUUAUUUUUUAUGUUAUCCUCAAUCAGAAGUACCCGAUAGAGAUAAUCAUGAUCAAUUAAUGAAAUGGUUAUGGCAACAACAAGGUAUUCUUGAAUUAUGUCAUAAUUGGGGUACUGAGUUACCUGAAAGUGAUUUUCAAGGUUAUAAAUCUGGUAAUGAACCUGAACACAAAGGAUUUGGACAUAUUUGUGUAUUUGUUGAUGAUCUUCAUAAAGCUUGUGGUCGUUUUACUACUUUAGGUGUUCGAUUUAAGAAAAGACCUGAAGAUGGUCAAAUGAAACAUAUUGCGUUUAUUUUAGAUCCUGAUGGAUAUUGGAUUGAAAUCAUACAAAACGGUUCUGGUGAUAAAGAAACACCAAAGCAAUAA